CUGAAAUAUACCCAGAGAGUCAAACCAAGACAGUGAGUUGGGGAGAUGUUGUAACACUGACAAUGACCAUACAAUCAACAUCAAUAACAGAAUCACAAUUGAAAUGGAAACAUAAUGGUGUGGAUAUAGUAGCAUGGGAUGGACAAAAUAAUAUUACUAUUACAUCAGCUAAACCAUCAGAUGCUGGAAUUUAUGAAUGUUAUACUACUCAACAACAACGACAAAAUGGAAAAAAUGGUUUUAUGAGACUUAUUGUUAGACGUUGUCCUAAUGGUAAAUAUGGUGAUACAUGUCUACUUAACUGUCCUACAUGUUAUAAUGGAGGUAUAUGUAAUUCAGACACUGGAGAAUGUAUAUGUCCACCAGGAUUUAAAGGAGAUGACUGUAAUACAGCUUGUGAUAAGAGGGGGAAGUGGGGAAAGGAUUGUGGAAGACAUUGUUCAAACUCCAAUACUGAUGGUUGUCGUACAAGUAUGUUUUGUGUUUCUGAUCCAUAUGGAUGUUCAUGUCUUGCAUCAUAUACAGGAUUAGAUUGCAAUACAGGAUUAGAUUGCAAUACAGGAUUAGAUUGCAAUACAGGAUUAGAUUGCAAUACAG